GUAUGAGCGACGGCUGCAGCGACGAGAGGACGACGACGACGACUGCUACUACUAAUACACCGCUACUGCCACUCGCGGCGGCUCGGCUCGAGCGAGUAACAGUGAGACCAUCCUAGCGACAAUAAUGUCUAGCACUGUGGAUUCGCAUUCCAGAUACUUGAAGGAAUUCCGCGUCGAGCAAUGUCCCCUGUUCGUGCAGCGCAAGUGCACGCAACACCGGCCCUUCACGUGCUUCAACUGGCACUUCAUGAACCAACGGAGGCGCAGACCGGUGAGAAAGAGGGACCGCACCUUCAACUACAGCGCGGACAAUUACUGCACCAAGUACGACGAGACCACCGGGAUCUGUCCCGACGGAGACGAGUGUCCAUAUCUGCACCGUACCGCGGGGGAUACGGAGAGGCGUUACCAUCUGCGUUACUACAAGACAUGUAUGUGCGUUCACGACACCGAUACGCGUGGGUUUUGCGUGAAAAAUGGGCCGCACUGCGCUUUCGCUCACGGCAAUCACGAUCUGCGUCCGCCGGUGUACGACAUCAAGGAGAUCCAGGCGCUGGAGAAUCCCGAUUCGGACCCGAACUCCUCGUCCAACGGGCCUAACGUACUCGACAAGGAGCGCAACCUGAUGAACGAGGACCCGAAGUGGCAGGACACGAAUUACGUGCUGAGCAAUUACAAGACCGAGUCGUGCAAGAGACCGCCGAGAUUGUGCCGGCAGGGUUACGCUUGCCCGCAGUUUCACAACAACAAGGAUAAGAGGCGCAGCCCGCGGAAAUACAAAUAUCGUUCGACGCCGUGUCCGAAUGUGAAGCACGGUGAGGAAUGGGGUGAGCCGGGUAACUGCGAGCAAGGAGACGGAUGUACGUACUGCCACACGCGUACCGAGCAGCAAUUCCACCCCGAGAUUUACAAGUCGACGAAAUGCAACGACGUGCAACAGGCCGGCUAUUGCCCGCGCGGAGUCUUCUGUGCCUUCGCACACGUUGACCGUGAGUGUACACUCAUCAAUCUGUUGCCAACAGAAGAAAUGAGCCUGGCGAGGGAUAUGGCGGUACCUAUAGAUUGCGGCGCGAAUCUGGCCGAGAUACUCAGCAACGCUCUACCACCCGACAAGCGUGCUCACGACAAGGAUAAGCCGCUCAGCGACAGCAGCAACGGAAGCGGUGAGGUUUCGGAAUCUGCCAGCACUAGUAGUUUGGGUAGCAACAGUUCACACAGUAAGGCUCCCGGUGCUCAACUACACAAUUCCAAUACCAAUUCCAGUAUAAAUACGGCGACUCAGCAAAAAAUCACUAGUAUACUCUAUAACCCCAAUUCUCUUAUACAAGUUAAUGAAAUCCGAAAGCAAAUGGUUGCCAUUGAUAGCGAUCCGCUGUUGACGAAAUCCGAAAAAGCUCAGCAGAAACAGAGCCUCUACAUCGCGUACAAUUUGAACGGAACAUUAGGCAGUCAUUCGUUAGCGACCGCUGUCUCGCCGCUUUCAAAUUCGUUCUACUCAAACGACACCGUUGAAUCUGUAGUAGGGAAUGCGUUGGACGAGUUACAUCUAGACGAUCCUUUAAAUUUAGUCGAAUCAAUUCAUAGGGAUACAAAUUCACCGAUCGGCAAUUCAAUAUCGGCGGGCCUAGCUAGCUCCGGUCUACUCGGUAGCUCAGCCCCGGUCAAUAUACCGGGAAUGGCGGAACGUUCGGUUCUAACGAACUUUUCGCCGUCGACAUCCAGCCCGUUGCAGCAAUUGCAAACAGCUAGUUUUCUCACCGGGUCCAGAUUCUCUCAUCAAGAUUCCAUAGAAUCCACAAUGCCAUUUAUGAAUCAGAUAUCAGAUCCAUUUAGUAAUCACAUUUCGCAACUUAGCAGCUCAGCUUCUAAGCUUAGUGGAUUUAAUAGUAGUUUAUUUGAUUUUGCGAGCCAAGGAAUGUCCCCGUCUCGUACGCAACCACUACCAGCAUCUCCAUUGGUCAAUGCAUUUUCCAUUAGUCCGAGUAAUACAGGAUCGUUGUCCGAGGUACAAAGGCUCAGAGAGGAAUUGACAUCGAGUCGCGCCCAGUUGGCGACAUGGGACGAACGUAUUAAUCAAGCGCGCGCAGCUUGCGCGGCGUGGCAAUUGGAGAGCGAGGAGGCAAAAAGGAAAGCCACCAUCGCCGAACAGCAGAGGGACGAGAAUAUGGAUUCUUUGCAGGCUCUGAUGCAAGUGAAAGCGCUUAGGGUCGAAAACGAGGCGUCCAGCGGCGGUCCGUAUCUCCAUACGGUGAGACGCAUAAGUGAGCUCAGAUCGCUAUCAAUAGCUACCUUGAAAUCAAUUCAAUCGCAAUUACGCUCAGAUCUCGAGGAGGUAGAAAAGGUACUGUAUAGGGAAACAGCAACAAAAUGUAUGGUUUGUGAAGAACAGAAUCGUACAGUUACUCUAUCACCGUGUAAUCAUUACGUAGUCUGCUCAACGUGUGCUCCAAAUCAACGCGAGUGCCCGUACUGCCAGACACCGGUCGCAUCGACAAGUUAGGCCCAAAUCUUUUCUCUUAGAAUCCCGUUGUUACAUUUCCCGCUUCUCUCGUCAUUUUAAAACAACCAGUCACUGUCUCUGAAAAUAUCAUUUGUCACACUCAACUAUCCCAUUGGCUUCAUGAGACUGUGCGCAAUGACCGACGUCGAUCGAUGCAAAUUUAUGUGAUCUUUUGUGAUCCGAGUUCGAACAUCUUUGUGAAAAAUAUUUAGUGACAUGGCUGUACAGCUACGAUUACACGCACUUACAUCUUAUUGUUAUACGCUAUGCCACUCACUCGUUUCAGAUCGUACAUAUUUCGUUUGAAAUAAUUUAACAGCUACUAAUCCCAUUGGAUGCAUAGUGAAAACACAAUGAUGCGAAAUUUCCUAAUUCUACGACAUUCUCGAAUACACAUACAUUAAAACCGAACUGCAGAUAAUUAAAAAAAAAAUGUAUUUAUGUACACACAUAUACAUACACAUAUUUCAUAUAUAUGUUAAUUGAUUUGUCGGUAAGUUCUUAUUGGCUCGUCAAUAAGAAUUUGCAUCAAUACAGGGUGUCUCAAAGUCACGGGGACGAACUUCGUCAAUGCGUAGAAUGAAUUGAGGUGGACGAAAAGGUCUUCUACUACUUUUACAAGCAACACGUAAAAUUUCGAGUUAUUAAUUAAGGAAGAACUUUUAUAACUUACUUAAUUGGCUAUUUUCAGUCAUUCAAUAACUCGAAAUUUUACCUGUUGUUUUCAAAAUGAUACAGGACUUUUUUGCUCACCUCAAUUCGUUCUACAUCCUCACGAAGUUUGUCCUGACUCCAAGAUACUCCGUAUAUCUUUCCCAUAUUUCUAAAAUGUUGAUAUGAAGUAUAUAUAUGAGGCGGUAUUUAGUAAUAAUUACGAGAAAAUCACGCUGCAGUCAUCUGUAUCUCAUGCUUAAUCACGGAUAUUGUCUGCAAAAGAAACACUAGAAGCAAAUCAUCGAGUCACAAAUUCCCAAAUGUUUGAUCUCAAUCUGCAAACAAACACAAUUGGCUGGCUUUAUAGCAGGUGUAUUGCCUCGCGUAUUAUUUAACAUGCGACAAAAAAACUUCACAAUAUUCGAGAGAAAUGUCAUACGAUUUGGAAAAAAUUAUCGUGCAAGCAUUGCCAUUCUCUCAACGUGCAAAGCGUGCCAUUUUCAACAGAUUUGUGAAAGUAAUAAAGUUUUGCGUUUUGCGAAAGGAAUGAAUGUGAUCCUGCUCGGAUUUCUAUAAAUAAUUCCACACUUUCGAACGGUCUGUCUGAGGAAGAAGCCUGCUGCAUUUCUCAAUCGGGAAUAAAUUUACAUGAAACAAAACGUUUGUAAGAGAUGAGCUUUGUGCAGCCCCCGACGAGUGCGGAAUUGUAUAGAAACGUGUACGGCCCUCUUGAAAUAUUUUAGGACUUUUGCAAUAUAUUAAUGGUAUAAACACCGUCUUCCGGUAUAAUUUAACGUUUAGACGUAACCUAAAGCGCAAUGCGACAAUUGGCAGCAGCGUGAAAGCAAAUUAACGCAAACACGUUUAGGAAUGUUAUUAUUAUACGUAAGUUAGCAUAAAUAUCCCCUCUCCCUUCUCUCUCUCUCUCUCUCACACACACACACACACACACACACACACACAUACACACACAGUUCCACGGAACAAUUACAGAUGCAUACUUGGUACAGAAAUGAGAUCAGAUAUAUUCGUAUGUAGCUUCUGGUGUUAACAAGCAAUGUACUUACAUGUUAAGCGUUUAAGGUACUAAACAUCUCACAGACUUGCGUGAACGAAUCGCUUAACGUUUAUAUUACGUCUCGUUUGCGUAGACUAUCCGUAUAACGUUUGUAGGGAGGGACACCAUUUCGAUUCAUUACGACCGAUUAAUCGUAACUUUCCGGGAGCCGCGAAAAAGAGGAAAUGUGUGAAGAUUCGUUCGUGUAAUGCACGGUCUCGUUGCUUUCACAGGAUGAUAUUCGUACGCGCCACGUGUCAUUUUUUUUUUCCAUUAUCUUUGACUCACAGAGAGAGGAUAUUCGCACAAGGCAAAGAUAAAAGUUGUGUCAACACUCGAGAAUGACUCGAAACAAAGGAGGCUAUCAUAUCAUUCUCAAAAAGGUCGCAAAGUAAACCAUUAAUAUAGUAGAAUGACAUCAAGAGACUAUUAUGUAAUUGAUCGUAUAUAAGUAUAUAAUAGUUCUCCGAAAUUCUGACGCGAAAUUAUGUUGGUACAAAAGAUUGUUCAUUACUUUUUAUAACUUUAUCCUAACUUUAUCCGCUUUAAGGCGUGCAUUAUCAAGAUGAAGAUUCUCUAUUAUUUGAAUAGAGUUGAAAAUUUUUUAGCAAUUAUUUUUAUGUCCCGUACAUAAUACAUCUACGUCUUGAAAGUAGAUAGCUUUCAUGACGAAUAAGUUACGUAGCACGUAUCCUUAUACAGAGUGUUUGCCAUUCUCAGAAUCCGAAGUGUGUAGGUAGAACGGGUGAAACAGGAUAAAAAUGUCCAGCGUAUCAUUUUGCAAAAUUUGCAAUAAUUAAUGAGGAAUUAAUCAAUAUGAGCUAAUAAUCACAUAGGAAACAGUAGGUAGAAAACGAGUUCUAUAUGAAGAAAAAAUUGCUUUCUUUUGAAAAUGUCCAAUAUUACGAAAAAAAAAUUCUGUGGUGACAUUUAAAAAAAUCAAAGGUGAACUUGAUUUUUUUGAGAACAAAUUUUUUUUCAAAUUUUUUUUCACUGAAGGUUGUAGCUUGUAUGAAACAGAUUCAUGUUCACUCUUCAAUCUUUUUUUUAACUGUCGGGAGUGUUUCAAAAAUAAUAUGAACCGUUACUUUGAACACACCCUAAAUAUAUAUACAGGAUGCCUGCUACGUUUCGUACAAGUGCUCGUGUGAAAGUAGAACGGAUUAAAUUGAGCAGAAAAGUUCUCCACCAUUUUGCCAACAACCAUGUAAAAUUUCGAAUGAUUAUUUAUUGAAAAUGGCCAUAUGUAGAGGUUUCUUUAAUUAAUAAAUGAGAAUUUACGUGUUAUUUGCAAAAUGACAAAGGACUUUCUGUUCAGCUUAACGUUCUACUUUCACACGAGUGCUUGUACGAAAUAUUCCAGACAUUCUGCGUACACACACACAUACACACAUACAUAUAAUUAAAUAUAUUGGGAUUUCUUUCAAAACUAUAUAAUAAUAUAUAUACGAGCUUUUCGCAAAAAACAUUUUCACUUAGGUGUCUAUUUUAGUCAAUAAGAAUUUGACGAUGAAAAAUCCGAUAAAAUCAAGAUCUCGACGCAGUUAUUUAUGAGGUGCUCGUAGUUGACAUCCGCGAUCGUCCUGUGAAAGAGAACAACACAGAUAUCUACUUGUAACUAUUGUGAGAUGCGAUAAGGUUAAAAAUACUAAUGAUUAUAAUAAUAGAUGACAAAAUUGAAAAACUCUAUGGUGAUUAUUAUUCUGAUCGUGAUCGCUUCUAUAUAUGUAUGGCGCACUUAAAUAGAAUAUUCUUGACUGUCGAUUAAUAUAUAACGUACUGAUUUUCUGUAACGUGGUUUUUGUACGUUUUUUAAAAAUUUCCCGCGCAGAGUAAUAUAAUAUCGCCACUAUCGAAUACAAUAUGUUCAAUAUAAAAGAUAAUAUUUUUGUCACGGAGAUAAAUUCUAUAAAAUCUCAUGACUACAAGGAAUUAUAUCGCGACAGUGACGGAAAAGGUAAAUUCGAAUCAUAGCGAAACUUUAACGUUAAGGUGAUAACUAUGUAACGGUUGAUGUCAAGAAAGAAAUUUCUCUGAGUGGAAUCAUAAAACGUAGCGCUCUAAAUUCGCAUUCCAAAUCUGUUUAUUGUUAUUGAACCAAUUAAACCUCGAAAGAGGAAAGGAAGAAUAGAGGUGGAUUAAAAGAAAUCGACAUGUCUGUGAAAUCGAAACUCUUUAAUUUUACAAAAUAAACGAUUUUCUUUUAACGUACAACUGUUUUCCUAUAAGAGUUUUGCACGGUAUUUAAGGGACAAAAUUCAUUCACCGUGAAUAUCGAAUAUUAAUGGUAUUACGAGGAAACUGUAGCAAGAUCAUUUUCUUACUAAUUAAAUGUCUCUUUCUCCGCUUCUUUGUCACUCUUUCUCUCUAUAGUAAAUUCUAAUGGAUAUCAGUACAAAUCUACAACCUGAAUAAGAAUUAGUGAGAGGGAAUGCAUCGCUCGGAUGGACAAAGAAAAUUAUAAUAUCGACGACACGUAUUUUUGGCAAUACAGAUUUAAAGGAUACCGAAGUAGAAUCAUAAUAGUAAUAGUUAGAGAACCAAUAAUAAAAUAAAUUAUGUUCGAAUAUUUUCUUGAUGACUGAAAGUUUAUAUACUAAACAAAAUGGGAUACUAAUAACAACAACAACAACAAUAAUUAUUAUUAUUAUGGUGUAUGUAAUUUAUAGGACGGAUAUUCGUUAUUGCUUCUUAUGCUAUAUUAUUAUAUAAAUAGUGUAUUAUAAACAAAAUAAAUAUUGUAAUUCAAUAAAUUGAAUCAAUUUUA